AGCUCAGGUCUCGAACGAGGCGAGCAAAGACGAGCGGAAAUCAUGGCGACCAUGGCCUCCCUUUCUCCUCCGCCGCUUGAGCUCCUGCCCGCAUACAGCGCCUCCAUCACCCGACCCGCACCCUCGGCUCUGCGGCCGAGACAGCCCGAGGUCGUCGAGCGCAAGUUCCCUCUCGCGCAGAUCCGGAAAGAGCCGUGGGCGUAUCUCAUAGUGAGGAGCCGGGGCGGGUCCUCGAAUGAUCGGCCGCAGUAUUUCCAGGGUGAGGAUGUACAGGGCAGUGUCGAGAUGGACGUGCCGAAAGGAGAUACUGCAAUUCGCUCUGUCGAAGUAUCGGUUCGCGGACAUCUUGUUAGCGGACCCAGUCCGAGAUCCCCCAACGCAGCAAAGACAACGUUCCUCAACAUCAGCCGGGUAUUGUGGAGCGGUGACAAGCUGUCAGGUGUGAACCGCUGGGACUUCACGCUCAAGUUGCCCACCGAAUGUGGUAUCGAUGCGGAAAAUGAGGAUCCGCAGCAGAAGUGGCCGCUUCCGCCCUCGUUCAUGGAACAAGAGGCACGCUUUGGUAUACAUUAUGAGAUAUUUUUACACGUUCGUCGCGGUCUCCUUCGAGGCGACAGCAGGCUAAACAUCACCUUCAACUACUCUCCUCUGGUAUUUCCGGAGGCGCCGUCUGCUCUGAGACAACUUGCCUACAGAGAGAAUAUCGCUCAUCUCAUAGGCCCAUCUGGCGAUCCCCAUGGAUGGAAGGCGCUUCCGCUAAUUAAAAUGCAGGGCACGGUGUUUAGCAGCCGUCUCAUCGAAGCAAAUUGCAUCCUCUCACUCGCUACACCGCUUUGCUAUACCAGAUCAACCGUGAUCCCGCUUCGUCUGACAAUUCAGACUGAUGAUGCACAAUCGCUCCAUCUCUUGUCAACGACGAAAGCGCCGAUCGUCCGCCUAAUGCGACACUCGUCUAACUACACGAAGAUCGCCGCGAACACGCCAGACAACUUGAUCACCUCCCCCGACGACUUCAACACGGAGUCCCGCAUAGUAGACACUGCAAUCUGGUGGCCCGCGAACGAAGGCGAUACACCGCCCAACUCACGUACUCUCAACGGGGAGCUCCGAGUGCCCGGCAACCUCAAACCCGCCUGCAUAUUCGGAUUCGCCAAGAUAUCGUACGCUGUCGUAUUGCAGCCCUUCCGCGCUAUCGCGUUCUCUCCCUCCGCCAAGCCGCGAGAGUACUUGGCCUCUCAGCCAAUUGAGAUCGCCACCGCAUUUCCGCUUGGGCCCCGGCCUCGCUCGAUGGCUCCGCCGGCAUAUUCUUGACGCGCUGCAGGUUGUCCUGAUCGUCGCGGGUCGGUCGGUGAUCCAAAACAUCUCUCCAUUCAUAUAUCCUAUUCAGAGCUUUCACAUGCACAUCUUACUGGGUAUCAUCGCUGGUUUGUAUCCGUAGAACGUCUGUUGAUCGUUGUAGCUUUGGCCAGUCCUCAUCUCGCUCAUCUGUUGUAAACAUAAUCAUGGUCUCCCGCAACUCAGCUUGUUCGU